AUGCUGGGUCGGAUGAUCAAGUAUGAGACCUCAGCAAGGCAGGAGACCACAAGCCAGAAGUGCGAUCAACAGACUCAAGCAAAUGAGUGGAUCGUUUCCUACAUCUGGCAACAAUAUGAGGAAGAGAAGCAAGAAAUGGAAGAGGAGAUGCACGACAUGCAAGCUGCAUUGCUGGAAGCAGAAGAAAUGAUAGGUCAUUUGCAAGAAGACCUGAAGGAGGUUCGACGUCAGCGAGACGACAACCUCAACAUGUUUUUGAAGAGCCAGCAGCAGCAGAUCAAGUUGGAGAAGAAGAUAUGUAAUCUCCGAAAGGGGCGCUUGAUGGGCGCCUCGGCGCCAGAUGGAACGAAAGAGGAUCACGAGAAGCAGAGCCAGCCCAGCGAUGCUUCGGCCAGCGCUUCGGCCAGCGCUUCAAACGCCAAGCCUGAGAAGGACGGGACCAGAGCGGCUGAAGCCAAUGGAGCCUCUAGCUCAGCAAGCGCGCCUUCGGGAGCGCAAGCAGAGCAGACACGGGAACAGCCUGAAAAACAGGAGGAGGAACCGCGACAGCCGUAUGUCCCGGCCAAAUGCCAUUAUGAAGCCCUUGGCGUUCAGGCAACCGCCACUGAGAGCGAGAUCAAGAAGGCUUGGAACACAUCAGACAUCAUGAUGUCACGAUGGCUUGUCCGAGGUGCAAAAUAUGAUGCCACAAAAUUCCUCGAACCAAUCUUUCAAAGCAUAGGCCAACCGGUGAACGAGAUGGUGGCCAAUUGGGUGUCGCAAAACUUGGUGCCAGGGGCGAAGGUAGAGAGCAUGGAGAUCGAUCGAAGGUAUGUGGAGCAGCUGAAUCCCAAUUUGUAUGGUGCCCACAUCAACCAAGUGGCGCAGGAUCGAAUCGUCGCGCGGGGCGGCCCCCGGCUACCGGCGGUCGUGGCACAGCUGCAGCAGUGGAUGGACUUCCGUGGAACGGUUCAGUUCCCAGAUGGGCAGACGCUGGAUGCCUGGCAAUAUGCACAUGCGUGUGAGCUGGGCGGCAUCACAGGUGGCUUGGAACCACCCAGAGAGCCUGAUGCAGCUGCUGCCCGCGGGUUGAUGUGUCAUGCCCUGCAAAUGGCCACAUCGGAGCAGCCCUUGAACUUGCUGCAAUUAGCAGUGAGAUGUUUGCAAUCCAAGAUUCAGCUUACCAAACCCUUGGCACGAGCCGUCUCCUGUGAGUCAGUCUAUGCCGAGUACCAGCGCUUGCCCAGCAAGCAGGGUGCACCCUUGGUGUGCGCUUUUGCUCAAAAGCUCAUCAGUCAAACCGUAACGUUUCAUCGGAAUUUUACCACGGAUUCCAAUGUGCAGACCCUGAUGCGUUUGGGCCCUUUUCUGGAUGGGAACGAUGGCAUCGUUCUGAGAUCAAAAGGAUACAUUGCAGCCAAGGAAACUGUCCCACCUGAUGGACAGUGGCACAAGUGGGAGGAGGUCUUGCGGCCAGAUGGAAGGCUCGCGAUUUUCUGGAAGGACUUAAGGAAGCUCCUCCAAGAAAAGCCUCCUCGCCAUGGAGGGAUGCUCCCACCACCCGCCGAGUGGCAUUCGGUGCCAGAGGUCAUGGCCACAGUGCUGAAGCAUUGCGUGGGUUCAGACUUGCAGUUGGAUCCUCAACAGGGCCUCCUCCGAAAGCCUGAGCCUGCUGCACCUGCCGCUCCACAGGCACCGUCCGGUGAGUCCAGUGGGGCAGCUGAAGCAGCUGUGCCAGAGGUCAGCGAAGAGCUCACACAGACAGAGGAGGCUGAAGAUGUGAUUCAUGGCCUCAGCAAGCAGCGCGAUUCCGGGGCUUAUUUGGAACUGGGCCAUGUGACACAGAACAUUCAGAAGCGGAGUGGGCAGACGGACAAGAUCUCCAAAAAAUGGUAUGAGCAAUACAAGCUCUCUUUCGAUGUGCAGAAGGUUGGGUCUUCGGACUUUCGAGUGAAGCUCACUCCAAGUGGGUACAAGAGAGCUGAAGUGAGGAGUAUAGAAAGAGAGCGGGAAUGCCUCAGAAAGCAGGAGAGGGAUGUGGCUGAAGCAGUGCUCAAACGCCUCCAGCAGCAGCAGGAUCUACCGCGAACACUGCGUGAACCUGAGCUGUGUGCACUACUACUUCUUGCAGGUGAAACUUCAUCAGUUUCAUCUGACCUGCCUGCGAUGAUCUUAAAGCGCCUUUGUGCCAAGCCUGAAGGUGGUAAGGGCGUCUCUGCGGCCGAUCUGCUUGGAGCAAUCCGACCCUUCAACACAUCUCAGGUGCAAAAAGACCAAUUAUAA